AGCUGCUACGACAGAGUCAUGAUGAUCGUCAGCGGAGUCCUUCUUCUGCUGGCCGUCGUCGCCAGGACCGGCUGCCAGAGAAAUCCUGGAAGGAGUGCUCGAGCUAGCAGGAACGAAGCCGGACUGGAAUUCGAAUGUCCUGAAGAAUUCGGGUAUUAUCCUCAUCCUCGUGAUUGCACGCAAUAUUAUGUAUGCGUAUUCGGAGGAGCCCUCCUCGAGUCCUGCACAGGAGGACUCAUGUACAGUCACGAAUUGCAGACUUGCGAUUGGCCCCGAAACGUGGGAUGUUUGGAGCGAGGAAAUGCAGCUAAAGAAGCUGAAGAGGAUCCCCUACUUGAAAGGGCAACCAAAGUCGAGACGAUCCAACAGCAUCAUCAGCAACAGCAGCAACCUCAGCAACAUCAGGCCAGACCUGCUCAGAGACAACAAAUUCCUGUCAGCUCUUCUUCACCUCCAGUUUCAACGGUGACGGAAAGGCAACUUCGUCAACGUCAACAUCAUCAACGAACUUAUGCCGAUGACGAAUACGGUCCAGCAUCGGAAGUUGAAAACGAUCGUCAGCAACGAGUUUAUCGAGGACAGCCCUCCACUAUCGGACAGGUGCAACGAGAUCGCGAUGGUCUGCGAAGGAACAUCAUAUCGGAAAGAGACAAGGACAGCGUGGGCAGUUCUCGAGCGCAAGCCGAGUCUCAUUACAGGAGCGUUUCCACGGAGACGCCGCGAAUUGCCAAAACGACCGCCUCGACUGCACCUCCGGUUAUUUCAAAGUCUUAUUACAACGACGCCGAUCAAAGUUACCCUUAUUACACGAUCUACGACGACGACGUGUCCAUUUACAAGGACGAUGUUUCAGAUUACAAUCAGUACACCGUAAAUCAUUCAGUCCCCGUGCAGCAACAACCGCAACAGCACAAUGUCAGAAUAACCGAGGUUACGACAAACUCGAAGCAAUACACGCAAAAGCCGAAAAAAGUUGCCGUAAACGACGCCGAUAAGUACAAUGUUAACCAUGACGUCACUGUUCAAGACUACGACAUCUACGACAAUCAGGCUCAACUUAAUAAGAACAAGUUCAGAUUAAACGACGGCCAGCAAUCGCUGAGGACGAACGGGCUGAGCCAUCCAGUGAUUCACGCAACGACACCUAAUGCCAUUGUUGACACAUUUGUACCUUUGACAACAACCACCCAAUUGCCAAUCACGACUGCCAGACAAUAUGCCAUAAGUGUUACCAGUCGAGGACGACCGCAAGUUAACCGCGGCACGGCUCCGCCACGCUUGCGGCCAACUUUGAAACCCUCCACCGAAAUCGUAUCUAAGGCGCAGGAAUUCGUCGAUAUCUACAGAUUCCCACCAACUAGACCAGCUCCAAUUUAUCCAACUCCGCAGGUUGAUAAGCCAGCUGCGAAAUGUCGCAAAGACGUGUGUCUGCUUCCAGACUGCAAUUGCGGCGGUUCUGAUAUCCCAGGUGACUACUUGCCGGAGGAGAUCCCACAAAUCGUCCUCCUGACGUUCGAUGAUUCCGUCAAUGACCUAAACAAGGGUCUUUAUUCGGACCUUUUCGAGAAGGGCAGAAAAAACCCGAACGGAUGUCCUAUCUCUGCGACUUUCUACGUUUCCCACGAAUGGACCGACUACAGCCAGGUCCAAAAUCUGUACGCCUCCGGUCAUGAAAUUGCCUCCCAUACGGUCUCGCACAGUUUCGGUGAGCAAUUUUCGCAAAGGAAAUGGGCUCGCGAGGUGGCUGGUCAACGAGAAAUUCUCUCGGCUUAUGGUGGCGUCAAAUUGGAAGACGUCAGAGGGAUGAGAGCUCCGUUCCUCUCGGUGGGAGGCAACAACAUGUUCAAGAUGCUAUGGGAUACGAACUUCACCUACGACUCAUCGAUGCCGAUUUACGAGAAUCGACCCCCGAGCUGGCCAUACACCUUGGAUUACAAGCUCUUCCACGACUGCAUGAUCCCCCCAUGUCCGACCAGGUCGUACCCAGGACUAUGGGAAGUGCCCAUGGUGAUGUGGCAGGACUUGAACGGUGGAAGGUGCUCCAUGGGUGAUGCUUGCAGCAACCCCCCGACCCCUGAUGGGGUCUAUAAAAUGCUUAUCAAGAAUUUCGAGAGGCACUAUACGACCAACAGGGCACCCUUCGGUCUGUUCUACCACGCCGCGUGGUUCACUCAGCCACACCAUAAGGAAGGUUUCAUCUCCUUCCUGGACACCAUCGUCGCCAUGGACGAUGUCUGGGUCGUGACAAACUGGCAAGCUCUCCAAUGGGUGAGAAACCCCACCCCGUUGUCUCUCAUGGGGAAUUUCGAGCCAUUUGGAUGCAAUUAUGCGGAUAGGCCGAAAAAGUGCAAUAACGCGAAGGUGUGCAAUCUGUGGCACAAGAGUGGAGUGCGGUACAUGAAGACGUGCCAAGCUUGUCCUGAUAUUUAUCCCUGGACGGGGAAAACGGGAAUCAGAAGCAGCCGAAUUGAUAACGAGGUGGACACCCACGAAUGAGGCGAAAUUCCACCCCUCGAGACCCGAUUAGCGAUAAGUUAAUCAUUUCCCGACCGCGACUCAAAGCGUUUCCCGAAGAAUUAGACGCGGCGGGAAUUUUUCUCUGAUGACCGAGUACGCCGAAUUAUUAUCGGCGAUCGAUCGAUUAAUCAGGUAAUUAGGAAUUGACAAUUAUACAGACACGGAUGGCACCUCGAGUUAUGGAAAGUGAGGACGACGGAGCUCACAGGAGGGUGAAAUUGAAGGCGAGGAUAUGAAAUUGAAUGUGCGUCCUUCGGCGUACUCGGCCGGGGGUGCGACAAGUCCAUUUAUUUAAAUUAAUUCUUAAUUCAUACUUAAGGGGGUUAAUAGAUUACGAAUCAAAGUGAUCAUAAAAGCGGAUGGAAAGGCGUAGGAAAUAUUUACACGACUGUAUUUCUUUAAUCUCAUAUAUCAAGUAGACCUUAUGAUAUGAAAGGAGAAAAAGAAGCGUUUCAAAAUGGCGGACUCUCGAGGCUGGAAAUUUCUGAUUCAUUUAUUAACGCGUGAAUAAUUCCGGGAAAAUGGGAAGGAAAAAAAUGGUUAUCGUGGGUUUAGAAAGUAGGAGAGAUUUAAGUCCACUUUGAUAAGAAUGUCAUUUAUAAACUGUUAAUCCCCUUAAACGAUCGAAUUCCCGACUCUUAAUCGAGGUCACCGAUCAAAAGCAUCGGGUCGGAUGAGGACCUAAUAUUAUGUAAUACUGUUUGUUUUUCUUUUUUUUUUUCGUAUCGUCGACGUAAACUUAUAUUCGUAGAACUCGAUGUUUAAAUUGUAGGAAGCUCCUUUGUACAUAUGGAAUUUUUUUAAACGAUCGUUGAAUCUGUCAUGGCAGCCUCGCGACGAGAAAGAGGAGAUUGUAGCUUUUUUAAUGUCGGGGAACUUAAUCGGGAGCUUCGCUUUUAUUGCAAAUGUCUCGAAGGAGGGCCUUAAAAGUGCCUUCGCGGAAAUUUGUUAAGGGAGGGAAGUAGACAUGUGCAAUCCUUUUUAUACGAUCCACCGAAAUUAUCGAGAUGGGGAUCAAUUUCCGGUGAAAUUGCAUCGUCGGUGGUCUGGGCUGUAUCCUCGAAUCGAUUGAAAAUUAAUAUGCGAUUCGAGAAUGGGGCCUUAUCACGAAUCAUUGUAUUUUCGAGCGUACCACCAAUUGCGAGAGAAUCCUCGUGUUUACCUCCUAGAAACUAGAUGCAUUAUGCAUUUAAUAAAUAACCAUUUCGGUACACUUACUCUCGACUUGCAUAUGCUCGAGAAUGAUGAAUAGAAUGACCCGUCCAUUUAAAUUAAUUUCAAUUUCAUUAAUCACUUUCAGGAAAAUAAAUCAUCGGGUAAUGAUUUUCUUUUUAAAUAAAUUAUCCAACGAAGAUAUUCAGCCAUCGAUGAUUAGGAAAUGGCAAAUAACAACGCUCUUCGUACUUGUUACGUAAUUAUUAAUGAGGCGGUCUCAAUACUUAUUGUUAAUUGAUUCAAUUAAAAUAUAUUACAUUUCGUGGUGAAAUAUUAAUUAAGAACAAUUAUAAAUACUAAUUAUCCAGCAUGAGGCGUCUUUGUCUACGUUCGCAUGGAUGUCUCGUUAAAGUGAUUAGACAUGUCAAUGCCUUAUCGUCGUUGCAACGAGAACAAUUGACAGGGUCGUUGCGACAUAUACAUUAACAUAUACUCUAGACUUUCCGCUAUAAAAGUACAAAAGGUAGUCCCGCCUCGCUAGAAAUCUUCGCUCUUCAUUAUAUUAUCAUGUAAUAAAUUAAUAACGUUAAAUACUGAUCUACAGAGUCUGACUUAUGGCGGGCGAUAAUUAUCGUAAUUACUCUAUAUGGCAGUGAUCUCGCUACUUACAUACGUAGAAUGUCAACGCUCACACGAGUACGUUUAUCUGUACAGACAUGCUUUCAUGAACUAUUCGGUGAUCUGUCAUUAAUCGACAGGGACUUUUUUGGACCGUGGUAAUAAUCAUUGCGAGAGCAAUUAAUAUACUCGUUUCUGGUCGGUACGGAUUAAAUGCGAUCUCGAUGGAAUGACUAUUAGAUGCGCGAUGUCGAAGGCUAGAUUAGGAACUCGGUAGAGUUCCUGGAUUUCACAUUAACCCCUUCGUCCAUUGUUUCUCAAAUUCAUUCCCGGGACAAUUGUUAACGAUUCCAGACGUUUCUGACCUCGUGCCGAGCGCCGGAUUUUCCGCACGCUCGGUCUAGCAUCUUUUGGCUUUGUUAAGUCUUAAUUGUUAACGCCUUAUGCCUUAAGGGCUUAUGCGAAAGUGCCGUCAAAGAGGUCUUUUUUACAAUACCUAUCUCCAGACCAGGUGUACCGAAUCGUUUCAAACUGAACAACUUGAACACGUAGGCCUUGACAUGAAAUUUGUUUAUAGAUAUUUCUUGAAUUUUGUGUACGUUCAAAAUUGCAUCCUGAGAUGCCACUUUCGCAUCGCCUUAAGGAUUUACGGAAUCCGAGGUGCGGGGAAACUCCCGCUCUUUUCCACGUAUAGGAGUUCCACUUCCACUCGAUCAUGG